AAAGGUCACAACUUUUGCCUUAAUUCUUCUCUCCUAUUACAGAUGCUCUGUCUCAAUCUCUUGUUCCUCUAAUAGUCUAAUUCAUCCUCCUCUCUUUCUUCGAAGUUACUUUCUCCCCAUUUCGUAUCUGAUCAGUCAAUCUCGAAGAUAGAUCCGGAGGUUUUGAGCUGAGAGAGAGAGAAAGAAACAGAGUAAUGGCGAACAGAGAUUCGGAGAGAGGAGAAGGGAAGCAGAACAACAACAAUAUCUAUGACGAAAGCUCCAGCGAUACUCAUUGGACUUCGUGGCUCGUUCCACUGAUCGUCGUGGCGAAUCUCGCCGUCUUUAUCGCCGUUAUGUUCGUCAACGACUGUCCCAAGAAGAUCAUCGGACCAAACAAAGCUUGCGUCGCUAGAUUCCUCGGAAGAUUCUCUUUUCAGCCCCUUAGAGAGAAUCCUCUCUUUGGCCCUUCUUCCUCUACAUUGGAGAGAAUGGGAGCGUUGGAGUGGGGGAAAGUAGUACAUGAGCAUCAAGGAUGGAGACUCGUCACUUGUAUGUGGCUACACGCUGGUAUCCUUCAUCUCCUCACCAAUAUGUUGAGUUUGAUCUUCAUUGGUAUCCGCCUUGAGCAGCAGUUUGGCUUCAUAAGAGUCGGGCUUAUCUACUUAAUCUCUGGUCUCGGUGGAAGCAUACUCUCCUCUCUUUUCCUUCAAGAAAGUAUCUCCGUUGGUGCUUCUGGUGCUCUCUUUGGACUUCUUGGAGCUAUGUUGUCUGAACUUCUCACCAAUUGGACUAUCUAUGCUAACAAGGCGGCUGCUUUGUUCACACUCCUGUUCAUCAUAGCGAUCAACUUAGGACUAGGCUUGCUUCCUCGGGUUGACAAUUUCGCGCAUAUUGGAGGGUUUAUAACCGGGUUCUGCCUCGGUUUUAUCCUCCUUGUCCGGCCACAGCACGGUUGGGAAAGUUCCCGCACCAACACUUCCCUUACCAAACGCAAGUAUAGCAUCUACCAGUACGUUCUGUUCAUAGUUGCAGUCCUUAUACUUGUGGUUUGUUUAACUGUUGGAUCAGUGAUGCUUUUCAAAGGAGAGAAUGGUAACAAACAUUGCAAAUGGUGUCAUCGCCUCAGCUGUUUCCCCACUUCGAAAUGGACCUGUUAAUCAUCAUCAUCAUCAUUAUCCUCUAAAAAUUCUUAUAUGUGUUCUUCUUGUAGCAGAUAAUUUGUUUGUUCUUUUUGCCUUUGACCUCUCUUGCCUUAUAUAACAUACAUGUAUAUUACCAAAUAAAACGAUAUUGUUGGAUUGAAGGUACGUAAUCUCAUUAUAGUACAUCUGUAUAAAUAGUAAUAUUGUUGGA